CAGGAUGCACUGGGAUGACUCUAGUAAAUUUUUAUUAGUCUCCAGUUGUAUGAGCAAAUGGCAUGAAAGAAACUUAUCCAACAUCAAUUUUAUGUUGAUAGGAAAAAUAUAUGCUAAUAUCUUCACAAACAACUCGAUGGGUGGGGGCCUUCACUAAUGAUAGGAGAAAUAGGGUGUUAUUGUCUCCAGGAAUGACUGAAAGAACCAGUCAGGUUCUGGAAGAAUGGCUGUGGGGGCCUUUAGGGAAAAUGGGUCUUCAUGUCUUUAUGAACUUCAAGCUGAGCAAGUUGCAGAACCCAGACACUUGGACCCAGACAGUUUGAUUUUCUGGGCUUUAGAGUAACAGGAAAAAGGGGUCCGCACAAAGUCUGUUGUGGAACUCAGGAAGCCUGAACUUCCGAACUUGAGGGGAAAAUGACCAUGCAUGUUCCAGAGGGAAUUUGUAGUAGGUGGUUCAGGAAGUCCAUGCUUUCCUAGUACCUCAGCCAAUGGGGAAAGCAACAUGGCAACAAGCAGUCAGGAGUUUAGGAUAAAAGGAGGCUGCGCCCUCCAAAACCUCAAGAGACACUUCAGAGGGGUAUUGUCCAGUGUACUCUGUCCCUGUAUUGGAAUUUGCUGGACUCCUCUUUCCCCUUUACAGACACUGACUUUUCCGUGCAAUGAGAAUAAGCAGAUGCUUCUUUAUUUUGGUGCCAGGAAAAGAGGGAAUUACUCCUCCUAGCAUGUUCUACUUAGUAAACAAAAUCCAUCCAUUUGAUAUGCUUUUCUCCUGGGUCACCGUUACAUAAGUUCUUUUACAUUUUAUGCCUGCUCUUAAAUUUAACCUUAACCAUAACUCAUUUUGCCAGUUAAAUAACUUCAUCAAUAUUCCUACUUUAAGACAACUGGGGCAUCUCUACUGAGCUCUAUUGAUUGGAAUCCUUGCUAUUCCAAUCAAGGUGGGAAGGGUAGGGGGUUUCCACGCAGCAUAACUGCUCUGCAUGAUGGUCUCCAGAGCUUCUUGAACAAAACAUAAGAAAUUCAUUAGCUUCUUGGCGAGGUUUCUGCUGCAUAUUUUAAACACAGCACUCCCGACAUUCCUAUACCUUAUACCUCACAAUUUUCUACUUGUAAUCAUAACCACCUCUUUCAUAUAAUUAAAUCGAUUCUUUUAUCAGAAUAUUUAUAACAUUUCUUCUAACUGAAGUCUCAAUUGGUCCUCAGUCCGUGGGGGGAAUGUGAAAGAACCAUUCUAUUUUUCUUAAAAAAAAUGUGACGCGCUUGAAGCAGGGAGCUGUGGGAGUUCUCUGGAGAGCGGAGAAGGCAGGAAGGGAGGCAGGGAAAGGGGCAGGGAGGAGGGGCUUAGCCUGGAGGGAUCUGAGGACCAGGAGGCUCAAUCUAUCGCCGCUGGCCGCGGGUGAGCCCACGGGCACGGCGCUCGCCUCGGCCGGGCGGGCAGGACGCGCCGCCCCGCCGCGCUGCCCGGAGCCGGGCUCUCCUUCCCUCCCGUCGGGGCUCCGCACCAGUCGCUGGCUGGGCUCGGCUCCGGAAGGCAUCCCCCGCCCCGAUCACCUUAAGGACGCAGAGGUUCGCUUGCUGUGUUUCUCCGUCGGGUAUGACAAUGCAGGGAGAUGCGGUUUAAAGAUACUAGAAACACCCAAAACAACAACAAACGAGGAAAUCCGCCUCCCCUCCCGCUCCCCCGAAACGAAACUGUCAAGCGAAAAUAAUCGCUGUCAGGGUUGAAGACUGGCUGUUUCGAGUGUCCUGUGUUUAAAUUCUGCGAUGGAAGUCCAGCGCUAGUGAUUUUUGUGCUUCAGCCUCUCAGAUAGACAUCACAAGAUGUGCGGGUCCUCCUUCUUGCACUUCUUGAAAACUGGGACAACAUUCGUCAGCUUCCAGUCAGCUGGGACUUCUCCAGACUCCCAAGAUCACUCAAAAACCAUCAAGAGAGACUUUGUGAUGACAUCAGCAGCUCUUUAAAGACCGUUGGAUGAAUCCCAUCAGGAUCUGGCAGAAGUCGAUAGGAAAUACCCAGUGCAGCAUUAGCAGCCUGAAAGCUUUACCUUGGAUGCAAAAGCCUGUUUUCCUUGCUAAGAUUCCUGCAUCACUCAUUUUGGUUUUGCCUGAAGAAAAAGAAAACGAGAAAAGAUGGACUGGAAUGUAAGGCCAGUCCAGAAUGCUGAUGCAAAUACAAACCUGCAAAGCGAAGGAGCAUGUUUCACUCAGUUACUUCCUAAUGGACAUGGCUUUCCUCAGACAAAUGCCACCUCUUCUAAAAAUGCAUGCACUCAUGCUGAAAAUAACCAAAUCAUGUAUAUGCCAAGUGUCAAUGUUCCCUUCCCUGCUGUAAAUGCUGAAGCAUUCAAAACUUCAGAUCAAACCUCACCAGGAGCAUCUGUAACUGGUAAUAAUUUUUUUAUGUCAAAAUACUCAGUUAAAAGACAUCAACAGAUGUAUGUAACAGGUCUAAAACCUCCCACUCAGAAUUCCCCUUUGCGGCCAGAGAUGACUCCGACUUCUUGGCCAGUCUCCAAUCCCUACAGUUAUCCCUGCAGAAAUGUACCCCCCCUGUCCUCUCAAGUGAACACUGGGAAUAAUGUAAGGAACGUGCUUGGGGAGCCCCAGUACACCAAUACCAGCGCUUACUCUGUGCAGCCAGAAAUGCUGCAGCAUAAUUCCCUGAGACUUGCAACAGUACAUCAAGGUGGCAUUCAUCCCCAGAACAAUUCUUUUCCUCUUGGUACUUCCGGGCAGCAUGUCCAACCCCAAAUAUUUAAUUCCAAUAAUCAAUGUAAAGUUUUGUAUUCAGCGAAUCAAAAUACUGGGACAAAUGUACAGCUGCCACAAUUUCAGCAGAGUCAGAUGGCAUCAGAAGCUCCUAGAGGAUGUUCUGCACCGUCUUUGUUGCCAGCCAACUGUGUUUCAAGGCCUGCAGUACAAUCUUCAAUGGGUGUACCACAGGAAAUGCAAAAUGUACCUAAUGGAUACAACAUGAACCAGCAGAGGUGCCCAUUGGAUCCAAAAAGUGCUCCUGGCUUUAACAGUAUUCAGCAACACUGUCAGAAGCAGCAAUCUGGAGAAGUCAGUCAAUCCAUCAGGAAUGUCUAUAAUCCAAGUGGAAGUGUGACAGCAAAUCGGUCUUUUAGUGAAAGUUCUGUGUCAUCCCCUGGCAUUCCCAAAGAACUGCUUGAUGUUGUGAAAGAAAUAGAAGCUCUUUCAUCAAAGCCACUGAGUGAUCCUGCUUCAGUUCCAGAGAGCCAGCCUAGUAGUUUGAUGAAUGGGCCUGCUAAUGCUCAGAUUUCUUCAGCAGCAGCCACACAUGGAAUAGGAAUUACAAGGGAGAGACUAGCUUGGGAAGCUGAAAAGCUGAAAUGUCUUAAAAAAAGGGUUGUCCUGCUUGAAACGGUUCAUAAUUAUAAAAAAAAAAUCUAUCAUGAAAAAAAUACUCAUCCUCUUCCUCCUAGUUAUCCAUGUUCUCCUUCUAAUUGUCUUCCAUGUGUGCCCAAACAAAAUGUACAGCCUCCCCCAUCCGAAGCAGUGAGGACAGAGAGGCCCACACUCAUGGUUUCACAUGAAGACAGAAAUGACAAAAACCUAGCCAGUGCUGAUAACAGAAGAUUGGAGAUGACUCAAAGUAACCCUCAGGUGAAGCAGGGAAGUCUUUCAUCAAGCUUCACUCCUAUUCCCUCUCAGAGCAAAGUCCCAGCUCAAUUUAAUAAUCCUGAGAACACCUUGGAACAAAGGGAUGUGCAUGCCUUGGCCUCUUCUCAAGGAACUGUGACUUCCUCAAACAAUGCUUCGUGUUUUACUCAAGCAGGGAGCUCUGUCAGGACUGCAUCAAAGACUCUGCAAAUUGGCCCUGAGAACUCGUCAUUUCUUCAGUUCGUAUUGAGCAGCACAAAUGUGCUGAAAGAGAAGACAGCUGGUGCUACUGCUGAUAAAAUACUGACAAAUCUCCUGUGUAGUGAAAAACCACUGCUUGAUACAUCUGUCUCGGGCGGAAGCUUGCUAAAAGACACUAGUGAGAAGAACGUAGAAAGUCUGAAAGGUGAGCAGGUAUCUGUGGCUCACACAAACUCUCCUGCAUCAGAAACAACUGCAUCUGGUGAUGCUCAAUUGCAGACUGAGGUAGCUCAGAAAAAAACACCAUUUACUGAAAAUGCAUCCUGUGGCCAGAGCAGUUGUAGUUACUCUAUGGAAGAGCUGGUUGCCUGCCUGCGCUUGUGGGGGAAGUAUCCACCAGAAUCCGUAAGUGUGGAAAAUAAACAGUCAAAUGAAAGCCCCACAGCAAAUGAAGUUUCACCCUCCGACCAAAACACAAAGAAGGGAGAAAAAAAAAAUGUGCUGGAUAGCAUGGAUGAGGCUGUUUUGCCUGUAGCAACUACCUCUGUGGGACAAAAACUUGAUACACUGACUUCCAAUUUGAUAAAAAAUUUUGAACCUCAAGUUGCAGUUGUCUCUCCUUUAGUACUUAGUGAACAAAGAACACUAAGUGAGCAGGGAGGCAAGAUCCCAACACCUGAAGGUAAAACCUAUCCAGCGAUCGACUUGGGGAGCACAUGUAGCUUGCAAGAAGAGGGGGAAAAUGGUUUAAGUGUGGCAAGUACUGCCAAAAGAGCAAUAGAAAAUGCUUGGUCAUCACCCAGUGAUUGUGUUCUGGAACAAAUAGUGGACUCAGAUUUGCAAGAGAUCAAAGUAGGUGAUGACAACCAAAAGAAAGUUAGUCAAUCUGCACAAGAUGCAAGAAAAAAUAUGCAGCUUGGAUUACAAAACAAGGCUCCUCUUCCUGAAUCAGGCACAAAUUUUUGUAGUCGAAACUCUCAAGAAGGUACAAGAGACCAUGAAGACAAGCAAGCUGUGUUAGAGGCAGGAGAUACAUCCACAGCUGUGCUGGAAAAUGACUUGUUUUGUAUUUCUAGUGUAUGCUCUCUUGUUGAAGGUGAUAAAUUUUAUAAUCCACAAAUAGCAGGCAUGUUCAAGUCAGUCUAUGAGACACAGGCGUCAGAAGGAAACACGUCUGGUGCAAGGCAGAAGGAGCAACAUCCGGACUUGAAUAAAACUGAGCCGAGCAAUAACACUGCCCAAAGAGAGAGCUUGCUGCUAAAGAUGUUGGAAGACUCAUCAAGUCAUUUGGAGAAGGAAAGCAGUGGCAAUUCUCCUAAAGCAGUUUCUACCUCUGAACAAAACACGCCAUUCAAGGCAUCUUCCAAGCAUCCUGAAAAUUCCUUAGAAAGUCUUGCUAAUAUAAAUCAGAAGUUAGCUCAAAAUUCACUGGAUUCCUCUAUCAGCGUAACUGCUAAAACAAAUGCACCUGCUGUUGCAGGAGACCACAGUAAACAAAAUUCCAUGCCCAGUAAAAAUAGCACAGAAAAGGAGGUGAGCUUUUUUGGAGCAAAACCUAGUAAAUAUCUAAAAGAUCAGCUGCUUGCUCUAGUGAAAGAGUUUCCAUAUGGCAUUGAAGCUGGUGAUAUGCUAAUAAAAGAAGCAGCACAAAAUCGUUCAGUGGUUGAAGGGACAGAGAAUCAGUCUCAAAAAGAGGUUAAAAUUUGUGAUAAGAAUUCUCAUUUGAAGGACCCAGUAAAUCAGACUAAAGUUGCAGUGUUAAGAUCUGAUCAGGUUCAAGAACUGUCUCCUGGGCACAGCCAGUGUCCCUCUAGUGACAGCAAGAGAGAAGUGAGUCAACAGUCAGAAAAGGCUUCAGCUGACAAGGACAACAUUGUAGGCAGUGCCCAGCCUAGUCAAGAUCUAUGUGAGAAGGAAAAAACCCCACAAGAAACUUCUAACCCCAGUGAAAAAAGUGAAGAACGCUCUUUAACGGGUGGUGUAGCUGUAGCACAUAAAACACCACACUGUCCCUCUCAAUUAGAAACAUCUGGUUCAGAGAAAAAUGAUUGUCAACUUUCCAAAGCUGAAAAUACUGAUUCUGCAGAGACAGAAGAAAACAACAGUCAAUCUGAUGCCUUGAAAAGGGAAAACUGUGCAGUAGGAGGAGACCUGGCAAUUUCUGAAAAAAUCCCAGACAGUAUUAGCAAAAAUAAAGAUAUUUGCAAAUACACUUCUGAAAUGAACAAAAAACCUAGGCUGAAGGUGGAUAAUGAAUACAAACUGCCUACAACACAGCAGGAAAAAAUUGGACCGGUUAAUUCCUUUGAAAACCAGGGUGCUGAUAAAGGCAAAAGCAGCAGUUUGAAGGAACAUCUGCAAAUUGACAAAGGAACCCAAGUGUCAAGUAAAGAAUUUAAUUCUUUCAAAAAAGAGCGCCAGACAGCCUCCCAAGAGUUACCAGAAAAAACUGAUCAUACGUAUGCAGACAACAUGGCAAAGUUGUCCAUAAAGAAGGAGAGAGUUUUCAAAACUGAGUCCCUUUCAAAAGAUACAGCCAAACCAGGUCUGACCAUGAAAUCCAAAACAGACAUUCACCAAUCUGUGAAGUCAGAAACUGUUGAAAUUAAGCACUCUGAAGUCAGUCAAGGACAAAAAAUUAAAACUUGUGAAGAGAACUCAACUGAAGAACAAAACUGUAGGGAACAAAAGGAGGUGCUUAGGCAAGACGUAGGAAUUAGUGUCAAAGAGCAAGCAAAAUUACCAGCAGAAAUGAAACAUAAAAAAUUGAGUAGUUACCGAGCUGAUGCUGUAAAAACCUCAGAUAGUAGCACUGUAGACUUCAAAUCAAAACACACAAAAUAUUCCCACCAUAAAUCUGUGAAAGUUCAUUCUUUGCAAGAGCAGCCAUACAAACGGAAGAUGAAGGAAAAUAUGGCUGGGAAGAGAGAAUUUAAGAAAGCAAAGCUGGAAGAGGAAGGACUGAAACAAUCCGAAGGAAAGAGUUCUAAGCAGCUUGCACACAACUGUUUGCUAAAUGCUGACAAAGCUAAAAAACUGAAUGGAGAAAAUGGUUGGAAACCAAGGAGUUCCUUAGCAGAUUGCUCUCUGCUUAAACUGCAGAGAAAAAGGGCUCGGUCUUCUAGCAUGUCUAAAAACUUCUUUUCAAGCAAAGAAAGACAUCUCGAUGGUCAAAACAAAGACAAGUGCUCUGAGAAAAUGUUUCCUGAUAAAAAUCUUAUAUACCUAAACAGAAGAAAUAACAGACUAAAGCUGCAUCUUCAAAAGGAACCCAAAAAACACUACCUGAACAGAGUGGCAUUUAAACGUACAGCGCAGGAGCGCAUCUAUCUGACAAAAUUAGAGACAUCACCUGUCAGACCCGUCUGGCAUAGGGCCACCAAAGUGUCACAAAGCAGUGACUCAAAAAAAGAUGUGUCUGUCUCGACAGUUGAGAAAUCAUGCAAACAGGAAGUCCUUGAGUUCAAGCUGUGUCCAGAGAUACUGUUCAGAAAUCCAGCCCCUGGUGAAGAAAGCUUAGCUGCAAAGAAUUCUCCAGAAAGAGAUAAAGUCGUUGUAGAAGGUGUCAAGAGUAAAAAAGAAGAUUGGUUAAAAAGUGAACCAGUGAAGCAAAAGAAGCUGGAAGAGAUCUCUACAGCUGAGGACAGUAUUCCCCUUGAUACAGCUAUACAGAUCCUGGAAGGAGAUGGAGAGACUCUUCACAUUCCUGUCAAAGAUUCAAAUGAGAUGUUUCAGACCUACAGGAAAAUGUAUCUGGAAAAAAAGAUGCAAAAGUCUUGAUAGCACUCCUGUAUCAAAGGUCUUAGUAUCACUGAGAAAAAAAUGCCAACACUAAGAUGAUUUUUUUGUGUUUACUUCAUGUUGCUGAAUAAUUGUAAAAGCCCACAGUUUUCUGGUGGGUGUUGAAAAUUUCCUUCCCCAUUUCCUCAUAUUUGUGAAUAAUUGCCAUCUUAUUCUGUAUUUAUUGUCCAGAUAUUCUUUGGUGCUGUAAAUGCUGUUUUAAACAUAUUGUUUCUUUUGGAAAUUCUGAUUUGAUUUUUUUUUUUUUUUUUAAGAUAGAGCAGCUCAUUGACUCUUGACCAAAAAAUAACAAACUCAUUUAACUGUCAUAACCUGUUUUCUUUCCUGAUUCUCAAAAACUUCUACUUAUUAUACUUUCCAUUGCUGGCAGUGGAAGAAUAUUUCUGCUGCAAAGGGACUGCAGUGGAUUCCCAAGCAUUACACUUCUGUUUCCCACUUACGGUAGUCUGAUGGUUUUGCUUCUGUUUUUGUAGAAACUUUUUUUUCUGAACUGGGAAUAGAAAUAUAAACCCCUCAAUGCAAGCAUACAGAUCAGGGGCAUUUAUGAAGUAUUUAUGCUGCUACCCAGUUUUGUUACAUUUCUUUUUGUGGAGCUUGUAUGAACUGAACUCUGAGUUCAUAGUUUGAGCACAGUGCUGCGGACCGUUAGUUUACUGGAGAGUUCUCUUGCUUUUCUUUCUCUCUUUCUUUCCACUUCUUUUGUUGAAGUGCAGGGAGUUCGAAUUCACUCUUGUCUGGAUGAUGUUGCUGAGUUCAGCUAGACUGUAAUUAAUUUCUUUGUUUAUAACGUGUUAGAUUAUGUUUGCUUACACAUUCACUGUGACAUAACAGUUGCAUUUGUCAUUUGCUAUCUUUUGUUUAAGUGCCUUUUCACUGUUACUCAAAAUUUAAAAUCAAAUCAUAUUUUUACAGAGAUUUGGUACUUGAUUCUUUCUAUCUUAUUAAACCUUUAUGCUGAACAAAAAACAUGUAGAUACCUUACUGAACAAUUUUUAUACUUGAAAUAAACUUUUGAGGACUACACCUUGUCUUUUUUUUCCUAAAAAUAUGAAGUUGUGCUUAUUGCAGUUAGAUAAAUAGGAAUUGAAGAUACUCUUGCAGAUGAAAUGCAGCUUUAAAAUAAGUGAUGGAUCUUCCUUGUUGUAGUUGCAAGUUUUAUUAGUUGGUUUCUCUCUCUGAGUGCCAAACUGUUCGUCUGUGGGGAAUGUGGCCACUGGAGGAUUUUGUAGUAAUGUUGUCAACUCUGAAAAGGUUUUGAAUUUUCUUGAGAGUUUAAUUACCUGUAUUAUACCACCUGCAUGAAGGAAGAUUUACUGCAGCCUUAAGUGUACCCAGUACAAACAAAAUGGAGUUCCUGCUAGGAAUUUAAUCUGAGUUUUGUUCUGCACAAUGAUACAUGAAGCUGACAUAAAUGCUUGAGUAAAUUCUUUUCAAUAGGAAAUUAUUUGAUCCAUUGACCCAUGAUGUUUAUGUUCUAAAUAUUUGGAGAAGCCUUCUUGCUGAUCUUGUGCAUCCAGUAAGCAAGAAUGCCAGUUUUGAGUCCCAGUGGAUGCAGCUGUGUCUCCUUUCUCCCUUAUACCAAGAAGGGCAUCUUGGCUCUGUGACAAUGUUUACAUGGUGACUUGUGCCUGCGCUGAUUUGGUAUGGCUGGGAUCUUUGGGAUAGACUUUUUUGCUGAUAUUGGAAUCUCUCUGGUAAAUUGCUGUGGCUCAUAAGUUGGCCACUCUCCAUUCAGACAGCUGCUGGAAGGAAAACAUCUGUAAGGAGCAGUGGUAGGGCUGCAAGGAGUACCUACAGAGAAAAGCCUGGAGACCAUCUGCUCCCCAGAAUGAGCACUGUGGAUAGGUGCAUAAAUGUCACAUGUAAACACCAGACCUUAUUGUGGUCAUGCUGGCUUGACAGACAGAUACAGAGCAGAUACAACUGUCUCUAACACUGCAUGUUUCACCUGUGGGCCUCUCCAGUAACUACAAGAUAAAUGGGCAGUCGCAGGAGCCAACAAGAAAAGCUUUCCGUAGGGAAACCUGAUGCUGCUUCUCAGUAUUUCUGCUCUUCAUCUCAUGCAGCUGACUAUGGUUGAACCUGUUCUGAUGUGCAAGUACAUCCAAUGCAAAUUUCUCCCCUGAUAAGACCUUAAACAGCUACAGACAAGAUGCAUGAGUCCCUAAACCUUAAAUUUUAAAAUGUUAUAACAAAAAUACACUUUUUACAGAAAGAGAAUGGGAAAGAGAGCACAGGACGAAAUUGACAUAUUUAACAUUUGGAGGUGACUGUUCACACUGUAAGUUUUUAGGGUUUAAUGGCUCUGUAAACUCACUGGUUUUGUGGACUUGUACUCAUUUAGUGCUGUGAUGAUAAGUUUCCAUACACAGUGUAAAGAAAGUCUCUCAGGGAUUAGAAAGUGCAGUAAGAUGAGAAGCCCCACUGCUGCCUGGGAGGGAGGCACUCUUUGGGUUAGUGCGAGGGGCUUUCAGCUAUUCUGUACUCGUGGGAGGCUGUGUGGCAGGGGAGAUAAGAAGCUGCAGAGAGCUGUUCUGCAGUGUUUUGAUGAGAACCUCACUCACUCCAUUGUUCUGUGUGUUGGGAACAGGAGAAGGGCCAAAUGCAUAGUUAAGAGGACUAGACAUGGAUGCUAUCUAUACCUGCAAGUGCUGUUUUCUAUAUGGAGCUGGCCAGAUGUCUUCUGGGAUUCCAGCAGAAGAAAUCCCUGUUGUCUUUUCGUAACCCUGCUCUGUCCAUUGCCUCAAUGAAAGGACUGAGUGUAUUGCACCCUGCAGUGAUUGCAAGAGGGGGAGGAGAGGUGCCUGGGGUGAUGGAGAGAAGCUGGGCCUGCAAUGAGGAUUACCUGUUAUGUAUUAAAUAAUUAUUAAGUAUAAAAGGGUUACCUGUGCAUAAAUAUUUCUUGCUUUUUUUUUCCAGAAUAAAAAAUCCAUAUCACUACUCAAAUGUUUUUAAUAAUUGGAAAUUAAUUAAUUUAAAAAUUCCCUGAGGUAAGUUUCAUCCUGUAGCAGGAUGCUCUGCCUGGAGUGUGGGUAAAACAACUCAAACCUAUUUGGAGAGCUCUCCGUGGUGAAUGCAGAACAGGGCGUCACAUUGCUUCCCCCAAAAAUGAGCACCAGUACCAAAGUAAGUAUACCUACUUGCCCUACUUGGGAGACUUAUUCUGUGUAUUCAUGAUAAGAUACAGAAGGGGAAUUCUGUUCUGAAAUAACUGUUCUCCCGUCCUGGCUUCUGUUACUCCAGUGGCCCUUUCAGCAGGGACAGGUUUCUGUUAAAAGCUGGGUAACAGGGUGGGUUAGCUGUCAUCUCCCAGAGUGGCCCCCUGUUAGCAAGGUCUAACACAGACUUGAUUUCAGCAGUUGUUGUUGGCUCUUAAUUCUUUGUCCUUUUUGUGUCAUGUCCUUCAUUUGCUUAUCAUCAUUUGAGUUGAUCUCAAUUCUUAAAAAUUAAUUGCUGAAGCAGCCAAUCCAGGUUUCUCUAGAAGAGUUUGACUGAUUCCUGCACUCCCAGCUUUUAUUUAGGAGUCAGCCAUGAAUGUGGCAAUGGGUUUCUUUCCCUGAUAGAUCAAUACUAUGGCCUGUGGAAGAUACCUCCUUUUUUUUUUUUUUUUCCCAGAGGCUCAUUAAAAUGAUUAUUAAACUGAAAUUUUUUAUUAAAAAUAACCUCUGCACUCAUCCAAGAGGUUUUUCAGAGAGCCUCUGAAUGCAGAAGCACAGAUGCAGAGAAGAAAAGCUGCUCUGGAGCGUGGUUUGUAAACUGUUAGACUGAACGUUUAAAGUUGUAUUUCUCCUUUCUGCUGCACGUCAAUGGCCUCAUAUCCUUUGUUUACAACUUCUAACAAAUUCUUUUUCCUGCUCUCUCAGUUUUUGUAAGAGAAGCUGCAGGCAGUGGAGGGUCACAGAAGAGGGACCAUUGAACUGAGAUGGGCCAGUGGCAAAAUUGCCAAAGCAGCACAAACAUAUUUAGCAUUUCUUCUGUAGGACAGACUGGCCAAAUCACAGACUUACUAUAACUGCAAAACAGUGAGAGAAUUGCUGACCUGGAGGUAAUAUAUUUAGCUAAUUGCUGAUUUAACAUCUGGUAAGACCAUAGGGUUGAUGUUGCAAAAUCCCAGUGCUUGAACCAGCUGCAGAGCGAGAGAGAAGGGAUCAGUUGUCUCUGGGUGAGCCUGGGGAGCUGACUCCUCAGGAAGGCAGCUGUGGGAUGUGGAUGGAGUGGUGGGCUGCCUCUGGGACAGACUCAGGGCUGACUCCCCAGGAAUGAGGAGCAAUCUAGCUCCAUAAAUGAGCAAGUACAGAAGGUCAAGGGUCAGUACAACCUGGAGGAUAAAAGGAAAAAUCAAAUACCAAGAGGUAGCCUUAGCAAAAUAGGAUCAGCAUUGAAAAUCCCACUGUUUGGGAAUCCACAGCUACAAAGACAAACACUCCAUACCACCUUGACACAUGAAGUGGGACAGCCCUCAUGGGCAUGGACCCAACUGAUGUGGUUUUCAGGGCAGUCAGGACUUGGGUGAAGGGAAGGAGAAAUCUUGACUCCAUGUUUCAGAAGGCUGGUUUAUUAUAUUUUGAUAUAUAUUA